ACUAGCAGUUCCUGGUUGGCAUUCGCGAUGAGAACUUCUUUUGUAACUUUUGUGGCCCUUCUCUGCUGCUCCUUGGGCUCCGCCAAGCUCUUCGAUGAUGAGCUGCGCGAACUGACGGAGUUCCUGCGGUUGCAGAUGCGAUGUGGCUAUCCGGCCAGAGGGGUUCCCAUUUUGGCACCGGCUCAGAUGGCCUACAAGGAAAUCGCCAUCAGAACUGAGAACUUUGGUUGCAAUGGAAACUUUACUGAUCUGGUUAUCGAGGGAUUGGACGGCUACGAGUUCUCCCAGCUGGAAUGGAGCAACAUUUUGCAUACCAUUAAGUUUGACAUGAACUUCCCCAAGAUUUCCCUGAAGAGCACAAACUACAAACUCAAUCUCCUGGCUCGUCUGUUUGGUGCCGAUUUUUCCCUGUGGGGUGACGGUGCCCUUAGUCUGGAGUUGAUGAACUUCCGAGCCUACGGCAGCUUCGUUAUUCGCCCAAAGUCGACCACCAGUGGAGUGUACGUUAAGAGCUGGAAGGUGAACUGGGAAUUGGAGGAGGCGAAGUCCCAGACCACGGGCUUCAUGAACAGUCGUCUGUAUACGAAGUUCAUCAACGAUCUGAUCAGGGAGUAUCUCGAUAUCAUGAUCAAUGACAACCCCACGGAAGUUUCCCAGUUUAUGGAGGAGCUCAUUGUGCCGCCCAUGAACUUGGUGCUGGAUAAUCUGGCCUGGUAUGAGAUUACCGCUAUCAUUUUGGGCCUGGCCGAGGGCAUUUUGCCGGUGGAACCAAUUUGCUGAAGUGCUGCCAGGUGUUUCAUGUGUGAAGUGUAAAUAAAUUGGCUUAAUGUUCUAUUGAUAACCAAUUAAAUGGAA